AUGUCUCUUCGUCGAAUUCCUGCUUCUAGCGGUGCCGAGAAAAUCCUCGAAGCGUUUCGCGAGGAUGGCGGCGUCAUCAUCCAGGGCUUUCUUGAGCCUCAGAUCCUGGCAAAAUUCAAUGCCGAACUAGAUCCUGCAUUAAGAGAGCUGUCCGGUGGCGAAACUGGCGACUUUGGCGACAGUGUUUAUGUCAACGAUCUCCUCGGGCGACAAACCAAACGCCGGACUGAUACCGCUAAUAUCAGCAAGACCUUUCGCGAGGACAUUGCCGACAACGAGCUUUUGCACGAGCUCUGCGAAGUAGCCUUCUCCGCGCAGAGUGCUCUAGGCACCGGCUAUUGGUUCAACACGGCGCAAGUGAUUGAAAUCGGGCCCGGCAGCAAGGCUCAGCCUCUGCACCGAGACCAGGAAAUUUGGGCAUGCUUCAACGAGCUGGGUCCAACGGCCCCCGAGGCGACGGUCAACUUCCUCAUGGCCCUGACCCCCUUCACUGAAGAGAACGGUGCCACUAGAGUCGUUCCCGGGAGCCACCUCUGGCCCAAGUUCGAGCCCGCGGUGGACGAUGCAGGUGUAGCUAACCUCAGGCACGAGUCGGUUGCCGCAGAGAUGGACGCGGGCGAUGUCCUGUUCUUUUCCGGCAAGACAGUUCAUGGCGGUGGUGCGAAUCGGACGCUUGGGGAGUCUCGCCGUGGGUUCGCCCUGAGCGUCAUCCGUCAGGGUUUGGCCCCUGAACAGGCCCAUGCCAUGUUGAUGCCUGUCGAAGUAGCUGAUACUCUAUCUUAUCGAGCGCAAGCCAUGUUCGGUUUCCGGAGUCUUUGGCCUCCGGCAAAUGGCAGUACAGUUGGUGCCCACUGGACCAUGAAUUUCAGGGAAUUGGGCAGAAGCAUUGGCUUGAAGGAUAAGCCAUUCUACCCGCAGAAAUCAGUUGCCUCGGUCCAUUGA